AGGGAGGCUGUGUCUAUUGCAUCUGGACUCUCAUACUCUGCAGAUGUUUCACUCUGUACCAGCUUCACCUAGCUUCUCGAUUCUUUUUCUUCUUUUUUUGUCCAGGCAACGUCACACCUCCAGAGGACACCAGUGCUUGUCUUAUUUUUUUGCUGAGCCUUGCAUCUUCCAUCUAUCACAUUAUUUGCUUUAAACAGAAGCUCGUCUGCUUUCAAGUAAGAGAGCAUACAAAAUCAAUCAUAUUCUUUCACUGGCGAGAAGAAUGAGCCCUCUCUCUUUUCAAGGAUUCCCCUCAUUUUAAGCAGCUACUGAUUUCAUUUUUGGACUUUUAGAACACACAAUCUAUAGGAUGCCAGUAAUCCUGUUUUUGUGUAAUGCAUUCCCUGGAGUAGUUAGCCUAGUUACUAAGAAACCUGGAGGUUGGCUUCUCAAGGUGAGAGGUUUUAUACCUCUUCUCUUUUCCAGAAAGUCAGUAGGCUUUUGAGAUCAAAAUUUUCUGUGUGCUUUAGUAAGAUCCACUGCCAACAGCCAACUGGGAGCCAGACCAAGCACUUAUUUGGUCAAUAACUAUGACAGUUGCGACUGGAGAUCCCACAGAUGAAGCUUCAGCGCUGCCAGGUCACCCCCAGGACACUUAUGAUCCCGAACCAGACCAUGAAUGUUGUGAGAGGGUCGUUAUAAAUAUUUCAGGGCUGCGGUUUGAAACGCAGUUGAAAACGUUGUCACAGUUCCCGGAAACAUUAUUGGGAGAUCCUAAAAAGAGAAUGAGAUACUUUGACCCACUGAGAAAUGAAUAUUUCUUUGAUCGAAAUAGACCAAGUUUUGAUGCGAUCCUUUACUAUUACCAAUCUGGGGGCCGGCUACGGAGACCUGUUAAUGUACCAUUGGAUAUAUUUUCGGAGGAAAUUCGGUUCUAUGAACUUGGCGAAGAAGCCAUGGAGAUCUUUAGGGAAGAUGAGGGAUUUAUUAAGGAAGAGGAACGUCCCUUACCAGAUAAUGAGUACCAGAAGCAGGUGUGGUUGUUAUUUGAGUAUCCUGAAAGCUCUGGACCUGCCAGGAUUAUAGCUAUUAUCUCAGUCAUGGUGAUUUUAAUAUCUAUUGUCAGCUUUUGCCUUGAAACUUUGCCUAUUUUCAGAGAUGAAGAAGACAUGCCUGGGAAAUAUUACGACCCAAGUCCCAACAGCACUCAUGGAUACCAACAGCCUAACACUUUUAAAGACCCUUUCUUCAUUGUGGAGACCCUUUGCAUUAUCUGGUUCUCAUUUGAGUUUCUGGUUCGAUUUUUUGCCUGCCCAAGCAAAGCUGGCUUCUUUACCAAUAUCAUGAAUAUAAUUGAUAUAGUUGCCAUUAUUCCUUACUUCAUCACACUAGGCACAGAACUGGCAGAGAAAUCUGAAGAUGGGCAACAGGGUCAACAAGCUAUGUCUUUAGCAAUUCUUAGGGUUAUUAGACUGGUUAGAGUAUUUAGAAUCUUCAAGCUUUCCAGACAUUCUAAAGGUCUCCAGAUUCUGGGACAGACCCUCAAAGCCAGCAUGAGGGAAUUAGGUCUUCUAAUAUUUUUUCUCUUUAUUGGUGUUAUUCUUUUUUCCAGUGCAGUGUAUUUUGCAGAAGCUGAUGAGCGAGAUUCUCAGUUUCACAGCAUCCCAGAUGCCUUCUGGUGGGCUGUGGUUUCCAUGACAACAGUAGGAUAUGGAGACAUGGUCCCUACAACAAUAGGUGGCAAGAUAGUAGGCUCCCUGUGUGCUAUUGCAGGCGUUUUAACCAUUGCCUUGCCUGUUCCAGUCAUAGUGUCUAAUUUCAAUUACUUCUAUCAUAGAGAGACAGAGGGAGAGGAGCAAGCACAAUAUUUGCAAGUAACGAGCUGUCCAAAGAUUCCAUCUUCCCCUGACCUUCAAAACAGUAGAAGUGCCUCCACGCUCAGUAAAUCUGACUACAUGGAAAUUCAGGAAGGUGUUACUCAUAGCAAUGAAGAUUUUAGAGAGAAGAAUUUAAAAACUGCAAAUUGCACUUUAGGUAAUACCAACUAUGUAAAUAUAACCAAAAUGCUAACUGAUGUCUGACUGACUUUUUCAUUGCAAGGGUGUCUGGGACAAUUGCAGUGCUUGUGUAAUGCAAUAAUCUGCUAGGUCAUAUAUUUCUAGGUGUGUCAAUUCUGCAUGGAAAGCAAUAGCUGUGUAACGUGAUGUAUAUUGCAUUUCCAAUUAGAACAUCUCGUAGAACAUCUAAUAUUAAGUGAGGGGAAUUUUGACAUCUUUAUGACCAAGAAGCAAAGAGAAUCUUUUUUAGGCUGCAUACCAGACCAGAUGUACUGCUUACUCUCACAAUGUUCUUACUGGCAGAAAGGAAAUUCCUUCCUGGCCAUGUUGCCAACAUGGAACUGAAAGGCUUCAGCUGCUGCAGACCCUCUUUGAGAAUAUAGCUGCCAGACAUAGCUGUGCUUUAUCAAUAUCCUAAAAUGAAACUAAAUGAAGCAUCGCAAAGGUUGCCAAAAGAGGGUCUGCAGCUGCCAUAUGGACUUUACAUUUUACUUUGGUAAUAGGCCUCAAAAGUUGGUUACCUAUAUCGUUACGAAGACACGAAUGUGGGCAACCAGCCACCCUGCACAUAUGGCUCAUGCAUAUACCAUUACAAGAACAUGAUUGUCCAAAGAAAUGUAUCUUACGUGUACUUAAAGACACUAUCUUAUUUAUAAAACUCAUCUAGAUUAGAAACAGAUCUUGAAAUCUUUUGGACAUAUCAACUCGUAAGCUGUAGGAAUCUCCAAUUUAAUUGCACUUAAGUAAUAAUGCACAUACGUACAGCAUGUCAUUUCAUGCUUUAAUAAUGAUUAGGAUAAAGGAUUAAGAAGCCGUCCAUAUUUUAAAGGAGAACAUAUAUAUUUUUGUGUUGUGUUUUUGCAGAGGGAUGUACGACAAAUGGCUAUACCUGAAGACAUCUGUGUUCUGCAGAUCUAUGCAUACUCAUUACAAACACUCGCGCAUAAAUACAUGACAGUGGUCUAUUGCUUCCUUACUCUUAUCAGUCUCUAGUGUUUAAUACAAUAAAUAGUUCAUUUGUAAUGGCUUAAAGGAAAAUACACAAAUGUUGAUUUUUAGAUGUCAUACCAACAUGUUGUAAGGCAAUGAUGGGUUAAACGAUUAAGGGAUAUCACAGUAUGGGGUUCUGGGAUUUUCCUCCCCUUGUUGACAGAUAAGAAAGGCUGUGGUAAAGCUAUUGACCUAUGGAAGGUAACCCAUGUGAAGGAAGUCGAUGUAAAAUACAUGUAUGCAUGUUCAAAUAAUGGAAUUUUAGCUAUUCCCAACAAUCUAGUCGGAAUGCCGAUCCACAUCUGUAAGGUUGAGAUGUUCUGUUGUACUUCCUUUUGUAUGUGGGUAUAUCUGUCUCCUGAAGAACUUGAUAUAUAUUAUCUAUUGCUAAUAAAUUGGAGGGGUAUAUAUUACUGUUUAAAGUGCUACAAGUCCCCUCCAAUGUUGAAGGACUCAGGUGUUUCGUGAUAGUCUAUGAUAGUGCUGUCCAACAUAUUUUUCAUGACGUAGGCCAUAAAAGAUUUCGUAGUGGACCCGGUUCAUAUAAAUACAGUGAUCUAAUAAAACAGACUACCCGAGGUGUCCUAAAGCAGGGUUGUGGACAACCCAUGGGUGCUUGUGGGUUGUUUCUUACCUGCGGGAUUCUUGUUGGACUACGCAAUUUUUAUGACAUAGUUUAUGCCUACAUUUCAUUUAUAGAACAAUAGAUGUAUGUGAAAUUAGACUAAUGCAUGAGUGCAGAUUGCAUGUAUUCACUAUGUAGAAAAAUACACAAUACGGAAAAACUUUUUUCCCAGUAGAAGAAAACAUAAACAAAAAAAAAAAAAUGAAACAUAGCUAUAUGCAUAGCUGCAUAAAUGGUGAUAGUACUUAUACUCUUGAACUUAUUAUCUAGAUUAAUUUCCUUAUAGGAAUAAAUAGACUGAAUCAGGAAAAGGGACGUACUGAUUGUAUAUUUUAUAAGACAUUUAAGCUAUAAGUAAAAUAUGCUUGCAUCAAGGAAUGUGCUUACA